GCGAUAAUUAUCUACGUCAAAAAAAGAACCUUGUCAAGAAAUGCAACAGGAUGAGGGAACGUUUCGGCAUAGAUAUCUAUCUACACAUACGUCGGACGGGACGACAAGAUAUCUAUACGUCUUACGACGACUUCUCAUGGCCUAAAGGAAUAAAGGAUACGAUUGUAAGCCAGCAUUACCUCUCGUUUCUCGACUCAACUGACCCAGCUGAGGCCAACUGCUAUCCACUCCCAAAUACAAUGACGCCUGCAAAUUUCGAGCAAGACACAGAGAAGGCGGAGGAGAAAGGGCAAAAGGAGUCGUCUUGAAGCUGUGACGGUUACCUCGUAGAUAAAAAGCUAAUGAGACGUUGUAUU